AUGGGCAAGGACCAGGAGCUGCUCGAGGCAGCGAGGAGCGGCAACGUCACCGUGGUCGAGAAGAUCCUCGGCCAGCGAGCUAAGAGGAGUGGUCCAUUGGCAAGUUUACGUCGGGGACCAGGAGCUAACGUGCAGGAUACCAGUGGGUACUCGGCCCUCCAUCAUGCAGCUGUGAACGGACACAGAGACGUGGUCAGAUUGCUGCUCCAAUAUGAGGCUUCCACCAACGUCGUCGACGGGAAAGGCUCCUCGCCGCUUCAUUUGGCAGCUUGGGCGGGGCACGGGGAUAUCGUACGAUUAAUUCUCAGUCAAGGUCCGUCGGUGCCGAAAGUGAAUCUUGUGACAAAGGAUAACGAAACGGCGUUGCAUCAUGCGGCGCAGUAUGGUUACACGGAAGUGGUGGCACAGCUGCUGCAGUAUGGAUGCGACCCUAGUAUCCGCAACAGCCGCGGAGAAUCCGCGCUCGACCUCGCCGCGCAAUAUGGCAGAUUGGAAACCGUGGAGCUGCUCGUGCGGACGCAUCCCGAGCUAAUCGAAUCGCUUCGUAAUUCUUCCUCGUCUCUGAUCUUCCCGCACACUCCUUUGCAUUUAGCUUCGCGCAAUGGUCACAGAGCGGUCGUGGAGGUCCUCCUCGCCGCCGGGGUUGACGUCAAUACGAGAACGUCAGCGGGCACCGCGAUGCACGAGGCCGCGCUUUGCGGCAAGAUGGAAGUGGUACGGGCGCUUUUAGAUCGCGGAGUGGACUUGGGCAUUAGGGAUUCCCGGCAGAACACGGUGCUUGAUCUUCUGGGACAGUUUCCGACGAACGUCACUCAAGAUAUCACGGCGGUGAUAAAAAGGCAUCGAUCUUCCUCCGGUGUGGAGAGCGACGCCGACAGCGAGAACUUGCCUCCGAUUCCGGUGCAGGGUGGCGACUCACUUGGCAGCCCCUACGAAAAUGUUCGUCCGGGGGAUGAUCUCUCCCCCGCGGAGGGGACGUCGCCCACUCAAUGGCAGUUUUAUCAUAAGCCUCGGGACGACGAUCGUCGCGUUUCCGGCACUUCCGUCAUGUCCCUCGAAGACGGGCAGAACGGAGUAGAACCGGUGAACGGAGUACGGAGGGCCCUCCAGCAGACAGAGGACUCCGACCCCAGUUCCGUCUUCGACAGCGUCUUUAUGUCCCUAUCCGACACUCUCAACUCGAUAAAUACUCUCGAAAGUUCCGACCAAACUCCUGAAGAUAUACCACAAAACACUACCAAAAGAACACCACUACCACUCGACACCACACGGGGCUCCGACAGCGGACUGUACCAAACUCCGCCCGUGCCACGCGGCACAAUGGAGGGUAGCUUCGUGUCAGAGGACCUGUCCUUGACAUUGCCCACGGGAUACGGGGGCGGCCGAGAGUCCGACCAAUUGAGCGUGUCGUCGUCCUCGAGCGUCGGAGGACCGAGCCCGCGGGACCGUCGUUGUUUGCUCAACGAUUCCAGUGCUGCUGGUAUUUACUUGCCGAUGGCACCCCUGUCCAGCUCGCUACACAGUCCCGCUUCCAACAGCAAAGUUUCGCCAACGCCACCCAAGAAACCACCCAGACGAAACCUCUCGGUGUCCCCGACGCAUCUGCAGACGCAGAUGUCCUUGUCGGCUGAUAGCUCAGUGGGUCCCAGCAAUUACGAGUACUUGUUCUUGGCGCGCAGCGGCGCACGGAGCCACAUCGAUCUUGAGCAGCUACAGAAGCGGCGUGAUCAGCUGCGACACGUCACCCGAAGCGUGGACCAGUACGUGGAGAUGAAGUCGCGACUCGGACCAGAAGAGAAACGCGAGUCCAACGUCGAACCGGUGGCGAUAACGUCCAUCUACGAGAACCGGCCGAUCAAGAUGCUAAAUCCGCGUAGGAAGUUGCGUAGACACGCCUACGAGACCUACGAGACCGCGGAGAACAGCUCGUGCGCGGACAAGUCGCCAUGCAGUGACGGCGACGCGGUGAUGCAGGAGCAGACGUUCGUGUCGAGCGCAUUUCUCACCCUAAGGUCUUCCCAGGAGAGCCUCCUCGAUGAGAAGCGCGAAAUGGACGGCCACACCAUGCUGGAGACUCGUGAGGCCACCGACAAGCGUCUCAAGCGCGUGCAGAUGAUGCUGCCGACCAGCCCUACGCAUUACGUUCAGCCACCCACUCCUGAUCACCCGCCACCAUCCGCCAUGCAAGCGGAAAAGUCUAUCCACGAGCGUAUUCGUCCGCUCAGCCAGGUGUACAAGCGGAGGUCCCGCGACAUGGAGACGGAAACGGACGAGGAUCUGCUGCAGUUUCCCACCGGUGGAUCACUCGAUGCAUCCAGCGGCUCGCUAUCGAGCGUGUCUCUAUCUGACAAGAGCAUGUCCACGGACAAUGUCGAGGAGUACUUUGGCGACGUGCCGUUCGCAGGUCUGUUGAAGGGCUCCGUCACGGCUGAACGGCCGCGUACUUUGCGCCGCUUGCGGAACGUCUACGGUCCGACCGCAUGCGGAAUGGGAACCGACGGCGGCGGCGGCGGCGGAAGUGGCGAUCGUCUCGAGGACAGCGAGGUGGCAUUUCGGCUGUCCGGCGAGCGGGAUCGCGACCGGGACGAGAAGUCCCUCAGCAUAAUGAGCCCCUUCGACGAGCAGGAGGAAUGGGCGAAGAUCUCGGAGAUCAUGGCAUCGUUCGGAACCGGCCUCGUGCGUGAGUCGGUGUUCGUCAGCGAGCUCGAGAAAGAAUUCCAAACGAGGCUAGGUUUAAGUUCCGACACUAGCAGCAGCCCCAUCGUUUCCACAUCCGUGGGUCAGUGGCUGUCCAGCCUGGGACUGGUGGAUUACGAGUCGCUCUUUAUCAACUAUGGCUUCGACGAUCUCGAAUUCAUAAACGGCGUGCUGGACGAGGCAGAUCUGUGCGACAUGGGGAUCAACAGCGACCAGGAGCGGACGGUGAUCGUGGACGCGGUCGGAUUGUUAAACAAACGAGUGGAGAAACGCGGCGGUCACGGCCAAUCGGUGGAGGAGUGGCUGAAGAGCAUUCACCUGGAAAAUUACGCGGAGACGUUCAGGAAGCAUCUGUACACCGACAUGGAUCGGGUCAGGCGGGUCUGGGAGGUCGAGCUAGCGGCGGUCCUGGAGAUCCAGAAGCCGGCGCAUCGCAAGCGCAUCCUCGCGUCCGUGAGCGGGCCGAAUAACGCAAGAGCGCAAGCACGAAACGGCACGGGACCGAACCUGGAGGACUUGAACAAGGAUCUUAACACACUGAAGACGAACAUACAGCAGCUGAAGGAGGAGAUACGGGAGAAAUUGCCGGAAGCGACGGUGGACAGUAACGGAGGCGGGGGCACGUCAAUAACCGGAACGAAUUCAACGACCACGGGCACAUUGAGGCACCGCAAAAACAGACCGGCGCCCCAGCCACCCCAGCGACCCAGUUCGCAUAAUGGGGCGAUCUCGGCACCGGAACAGCUCGAGAUCAGGGCACCGUCCGAGCUGUUCUUCGGCGUGCCCUCCAGCCUCAAGACGCAGUGGAGGCACCAGCCGAAGACUUUAGUCACAGGCUGCGUCACGUACGUCGCCAACUACCUGGGCUCCACCGUCGUCAAGGAAUUACGCGGCACUGAGUCGACGAAAAAGUCGAUACAGAAGCUGAAGAAGACCUUUCGAGAGCCCAGAAUCACCCCUGACAUUACGCUGGCGAUCUCUUACCGUGGCGUUCGUUUUCUCAACACGUUGACCAACGAACCGAUUUGCGAACACGAGAUCCGCAACAUCCACUGCGCCUGUCAGGAUGCCGACGAUCUUACUCAUUUCGCGUACAUCACAAAGGAUCACGCCAGUCGCACGCAUUUCUGUCACGUGUUCUGCGUGCCGACGAUGGAUCAAGCGACCGAGGUGAUCUUAACUCUGGGCCAGGCUUUCGAGGUGGCUUAUCAGAUGGCAUUGAGGGACAAGCUCGGUGGCCACGCGAUCCGUUCCCAGUCGGCCAACCAGCUAACAACGCUCGCCGGGACGUCCAAGUCGACGGCGCCCGCGAAAAUGUCAGUGUCGCCCGAUUCCGCGCCCGAUCCCGGCGUGGAUCACGAGCCCGCCCUCAAUUCCACGUCGAAUUCCAAGAUGAAAUCGCGAUCGAGGUCCAUACCCAAUCAGAGUCCCCAUGCGCAAGUUAAUCCGAAUCCACAGGACAGUAACUCGAACUCGAGCAGUUCCGGCACCGCGACGAACUGCAAUCCCAGCACGAAUUCCGCCACAAGCCCGAGCACGAACUCGAUCACCAGCUCGAACUCGAACAGCACCACUAAUCAGACCGCUAAGCUCCUGGUCACCCACGGUCGCUCUCAUUCCGUCAACGACAUCAAGGUAAACGGUAAUCAAUUGAAGCUGCCACCGGCGCCGGUCGACGACAUCGAUAUCGGGAACAUGAAGGACAUGAAGCCCGGCUCCAGGGCGCCGAUCGCGCUAUCCGAGGAGCUGUAAGCUAUUCCGUGAGUGGAAAUCGUGUAAUUUCUAAUCUGACGGAAGCAACGAAGUGUCGAGGAUCUUUCAUUCCCGGUGUUUCCAUCCGUAGGAUUGCGAACGCGGAAUCGCGAUCGUCACCGACGAUUUCUCGAUCCUUCAAUUUUAGGAGGGAUUAUUUAAUGAAAUGAUUCGAUGAACGUUGGGAUACGGCGAUAUUUCGUUGUUACUCUCGUAAAGCAAGCAAGCAAGCUAUCUUACGCACGUAACGUAGAAUUUUCGUGACUCUAAAAUUAAUACCGAUCGCGGAGAUGCGAAUGAUAUUACAUCGAUUAAUGGUAUUAAUCAGGAUUAUACAAUUAGAGCGAGUAAUACGGUUCCUUGGCGCGUAAGAAGGAACGAACAUCUCUUUUAUCUCUUUUUCAUCCAGCUUUGGAUUUGGUCACUUUUCCGGUGAUGUAUUUACGGUGACGCGCGCGUACAUUUAUCGCCGGAAGGCGAGAGACGUUCAGCUCUCGUGGGAUUUAACGUAUGACACGUAUGAUCUCGGGGGAUGACGAAGGUAAGUAGCACCAUCGUUCCUUGCCGAGUCCUUCGGAUUGUCAUUCGACUGAUUCUACAACGGUGACACUGUGAUCUUGAACCGCGCGAGAUGUCCACAUCGGCCAAGAUGUUUUAUCGAGGCUAAUUAGCCGAUCGUAAAACGAUGCAAAGUGCAUCAUCAAGUCUUUCCUCCUUACGACGCGUCGUUAAAGUAAGCAGUAUUAUUACGUCAUUAGCGGUAACGCGUUCGUCGCAAAGCAUUAUCUAACGAGACGCGAAAUCGUUGUAAUUUAACGUUGGACGUGCAGUUCUCAGUGUGCAGCUUUAAUCCGUCGCGGACAGGCUUGUGUCCGAUCUUUGAUUUUUCGACAACGACGACGACGACGAGUCGAUCGUUUUCGUUUGUCUCAGCGACGUUUUGUUCGCGGUACGAAACGCACAUUCGUGUCCAGGAGGACCACGGGACAGGUGCGACGCGCAAAUGAGCGCACGGAUGCUCAAUAUAACGAUCCCUCGCGAACGUUAACAGCGACCAACGAAUCCGUUCUGCAUUUCCUACCCCCGUGCUCUCUCGCCGUGAUUUCUUACUACCCCCGUCCCGAUCCCAAGUUCCGAUCUCGAAUCGUCAUCGUUUUCCUCGACGUUCUCCACUCUGCAAGACUGAGGGUCUUUAUCUCGUUUUAUAUGUAUUUCGCAUUUUUUUAGUGUAAUGUAUAACGUAGGCAAAGUAGUUUGGAAAGUGAGGGAUUUUAAUAAUUACCCGGCGAGAACCUCGCGGACGCAGGGAACUUUGCAAACGAAAUAUCGAACUCUAUUUGAUACUCGGAUGUCGUUCGUUGAGAGUGUCGUACAAGGAAGAACGAGAGAAUCGUGAACGAUUCUCUCAGAGCGUUACCGAUAGUGGACGGAAAAUGUGGUUAACUAAUUUUAUCUUCUCCAUCUAUACAAUUAGAAAUAUGAUAUAAGAAGAAUAGAGAAUCGCGAUACAAUCUAGGAUGAAUACAAACACUCAGAAAAUCAUCGAGAUUCUAGUUAACCAAGGCUGUCAUUUUGCGCAAGUUUGAGCGUUACAUCGGCAAUUAUUGCGUAACGCGGAUAACGUUGUUCGUUUUUACGACAUGCGGGCCUAAGAAUCUGGGUGGACAUUCUUGCGAUGCUGCCCGGUGGUGUUAACAAUGCAUCUGUAUCUGUCUAUCUCGUACAAUCGACGACAAGAAACGAAAGGAAUAAUGCUAAGACUUUAACGAAACGAAACUACAGCAAAACGAAACUUUAUGUAGACACUUAUACAAUUAGACGUGCCCUCUUCGCGCGCGCACACGUUUCUCUCGUCCAGACCAAAGAAGAUACAGUAGAGAUGCAACUAGACACGCACACGUGCACGCGCUCGUGCACACGAGAAUGUUAUGCGAAAAGACAGAAAGAGAGAGAGAUAUGACCGAGAGGACGAAGCUCGUAAGAGCGAUCUGGAGAUCGCAUGGCGAAGAGGGAAAAACGACGAACUGCCAAAACGAUACACCAUCAUCACCUCGGUAGCUAUAUGCACAUACUUUGUAUUAAUCAUGUUUACAACGUAGCUCAUUAUACAAGUAACGAUUAUAAAGGUGUCUAGAGACAUCGACAUGCCGCACACACCGACGGCGGCAGUUUCCUCUUCUCUUCGCGGGACAUAACUAUUUCACCGCAUUUCGAUGUAUUCAAUGUAGCAGCUAAUGUUUUAGUCAGUAGUGUCGUCGGUAGGGAGCAUGCUCUAUGGAUGUAUCGACUGGUACCAUUUAACGAUAUACCGUGUAAGGAAGCGAUAAAGUGUCAGGCGAACACACCGCUGAUGAUUGCGCAUAGAAAAGCCUCGCCAUCGACAAACGCGCGAAUUAAUCUCUCUUCCUGACAAAAGUGGGACAAUCUCGAUCGAUUCGCUCGUGAAUCCACGUGAUGAAGAUGCGAACCAGUGCCAGCGCGCGAGCACAUCGUGCUUCGAUGUGAUCACGCUGUUUGUCUCUCGGGAAAAUACCUUGCAAGAACAAGAGAACAAUAACAGCAACAAUAUUCACCCUUUCCCGUCUUUUCGUUUCUUUUCCUCUUGAUGUAAUAUUUAAUACGCCAGCAAACGCGCGUUUUCGAUAAUCGAUCCGAAGGAUAAACUCCGCGAUACAUUAACGCUCGGCAUCGGGAUGUUAAUAGGAGUAAACGGCAUUUAUUGGGGUGAAAAUUAUCAUCUGAUAUCUGGGCAUUACGAAACUAAUGUACAAACAAUUUUCGGACGGCGAUUUACCCCCUCGUCUUGUGCUUUCUUUCGAUCGUGUAAUUAUUAAAGUAAUCUACGCGAAAGGCGGGCUCAUUAAAACGCGAAGAUCGAUCUCGAUCGCUUUCGCGAUGGGUCUUCUGAGAUUCGUCAAACGCAAAUCGCACAAAAACGAUUGAUCUUCGGACCAAGUAAGAGAACAAGCAUUUUGCUCGGAUUUCUGAGAUACUAGGGCCGGUGCUUACGUCACUGCGCCCUUUCGCGCACGUAGACGUGGAGUUUAAUCUUGUGCCCGUUGGUACUGAUAGCGAUGUAAGAGAUUUGUGCUGUCGAUAUUAUAUACAAUUUUUAGAAUACAUGUAUAUAUAUACAUACACACAUACAUACAUAUUUGCAUGCAGAGAGAGAGAGAAAUUACACGGGCCAUCGUGAAUCAGUUUCUUCCAUUAAUACCAAAGAGAAUGCGGGUGAUUUUUUCGUCAUUGUGAUCUGUACAUCUGAUGAUUGUCAUAGCGCAUAUUUAUAAAACAAUCAUCCAUCGAGAUACACAUGAUUCAUAGAUAAACAUCUUACGACUUACGCUGCACGUAGAAGCGAAGUUUCGUUGCACAUACUUAUAACAUAAUCGACACUGCGAUGAUUAUUAUUAUUAAUAGCGCCAUUUUUCAAGACUCACGCUCGGUAAUUUUGCAUGGACGUGGUGUCGUGUGUAAUUACAUAAUCGAAUGCAUUUAUCGCGCGCACGUCGAUCCUAUAAACGUGAGAGUUUCGUUUGCUUUCCGCCAAUCAAAUUUGCAUAGCAAAUGCGCUCCGACACGUCGUCGGUUUAACUCGACAAAGGUCCUGCAACAGCGCAAUUCGCUGAAAUGUAUUUAUAUUCCCUCGAAUAGAGGUUUAGGUGUAAAUAAAUGCGCGUCGCGGAUAGAGCGACGCUCGAAAAUUGCAUCAUGUCGUAAUUUCUGGAUUUAUUAUCUCUGCGUACUGUCCUUGUCGUUGUUACUACUCACCGAACGCUGACAAUAAAGCAUAAUGAUUUCUUUUUUCGUUGCAACAUUGUUAUUUUUAUGCGCAAUAAGGCCGAGCGUUCUUUAGGAACGCGCAGAUUAUAUGAUACCGUACCGACAAUAGCGGUUUAAUUCUAUGCAUAAAUGCGAAUCGCUGUAAACUGAUUCCGGUAGUGGCGUCCCCACGACCCUUUGUGCGGCGACCAGCGAAAAGAGAAAGGGAGAAAAAGUAACAGAAACGGGAUAGAAUCUGUGUACACUUGUCGAUAUUACCUUCGUUCCGGCCGCGAGCGCGAACUCGAAUACGCUUUUAAGGCCGUAGUUGGGUGCAUUUCGCGGAUCGUUACGCGCGAAAUGCGACUGUUCCUGAUUCUCCGCGUAAGCAGGGAUAUUAAAGCCGGGAGUUAAUAUUUCGGCGCACGGGGGAACUUCCGUGCUUUUUAAUAUACAAAACUCCAGUCGAGUCGAUCUAGUCCCCGGGAAAGUUAUUAAUUCCGAAAAAUCAUGUUCCCCGGUAUUAACCGCCGUACCUGCAUCAGCGAAGAGAGAGAAAGAGAGAGAGAGAAAGGGAGAGAGAGUCGGCGAAGCGACGGGAUGGAACGUGUAGAAUUAAUACACGCAAGAUGCAGCUCGGCGAAAAGAGCGCGGGCAUUCAUCCCUUUUUCUCCUCCUCCUACCCCUUCGUGACAAAUAAAACUUUUCAUGUUCGAGCGAACGUUAACUUUGCUCGGGCCGGUGUUCUCCACCGUGUAACCUGUGUAACGUGUAACUGGCGGCCGCGAUUCGAUUCCGCGCGGUCGACGGCGCGUUAUCGCGGGCGGUAGGAGAGAGCAGGGUGCGUCGUUAAUUACUAACUAGCAUAGGUAAUUGCGAGCGCGUAUGUAGCCGAGUUCACGCGCUCCGCGAAUUCGCUGGAUCGGCCAUCGAAAUAACCGGCGCCGAUUUCGGCCGGAGCUGAAAUUUCGAUUCGAUCCGGCUGGAAUGACGUUGUUAACGGGGAAAGAGGGGGUGAGAGAGAAAGAGAGACGCGUUCCAUCGGCUUCGUUUCGCCGCACUCGAUCCCAGCAAUAUAUCGAUCCUCCACGAAAAACGUGCGUACGAGCGAUGACUCGGAGGAUCUUAGCGCUCUCGCGAUUCGUAUUGGUAUUUCCAUUAAUGUAACGUGUUACACUGUUCGUUAGCUGGUUAGGUAUGUAUCUCGCAGCUGUUUUCUCCGAUCGAUUCCAAUUCUCGGAUCGUGAUUAUUCAUACGUAGAUAAACGGCGUCCCGGACUACAUCGUUAUGAAGUUCGGGAAAAAGGAUGCGUUCUUGCAACGAUGCUGGCCGACCGGUGCCAAGUUUGAAUCAUCUUCACUGCCGAAACAAUAAACGAUUUCCAUUUCACCGGCAUAUGAUCGUCGAGCUUCUCGGCGAUCCGUUCUCGCGACGACGAUUUACGCUCAGCCGUAACGUGAUCGUGCUGCGCUUUCAAAUUGGUAUCUACGAAGGCUUGCGUGGCUGUCGUUUGCGUGUUAGACAUGAACGUGUGCUCUACCUAUCUGUAAUCUCACUCGUAGCGCGUUGCACACGCACCUCGUACACGUUGCAAGUUUCAUUAGCGUCCCGUUUUCUCCAUUAGUGCUAAGCGCUGUACUCUGUAAAUUUCUGCUCUAUGAUUAAAGUCUCUCUCGUUAGGGAAGCCAGGCGUCCUGCGGCGGCUCGUGUCCUCGAAACGCGUUCGGGAUUACGUUAACGCGUCGGCACGGGAAAGCGAACGGAAUAUAAUUGGGCCACGCUUGGAACAAAAGUGCGGAAGAUGCGUCUUCACGCGUGUAGAAGUGUACAUAGCGAGGGCGGAGGCGGAUGGUAAACGUGUAAAAUAAGCGAACUAGAAGCGAUCUGUCGAAAGUCACGAACGGCGCGAAAUGCCACGAUCGCUGGAACGGAAGAGCAAGCGUGCGCGAAUCUAGGCAUUGAAUGCUCAUGCUGCUUUUUGGGUCGAAUGUUGCGCGGAUGGGAUAUUUCGAGAGAAAGAGAAUGAAAAAAAAAGAGGAGACUGGAUACAACUCUGCUUUCUAUUUCUCUCACACACACGGUGCGAUUCCCAUAAACAUCAGCUCGAGUUAACUGAGAUUCACGAGCGAUUUCCCUUUCUCUCCAGACCGACAUCGGGGAGCGACGGAGAAGCUGAAAAUCUCAGCUGGCUCGAUCGUGGCGAUCAUCGAAUAAGUUCAUGGGAACGAUCCACGUGGUAGAACACAAUCUAUCAAGAUGUAUACGAAGUGUUCGUCGAACCGCACCAAUAGAACUGUAAUGCUUGUCGCGGAAGAGCUGAUAGAAGAUAUAGUCGAUAGCUAUAUUCGCGGAUAUACCGGAUGUAUCUGUAUUAGUUAGAGUGUCGCGCGAAAAAUCAUCUUCCUACAUUGCGCGCUCUCGUCACGCUGCGCGCCGCUGAACGAAGCGGCAAGUUUUCCGCGAGUCAUCCGUUUGUUGUUUUCACGCAACAGCACACGGCAGCAUCUGCGAUCAACGCAAUCGGUGCAAUUGUCGUUCGCGGAUCGGGGAUUUCGGCAAUAACGCGAGCGUGAGCUUGCGAUAAAUUGCAAUCGCUGACGAGCGGCCCGGCGUAAUUGCGCUUAUGUUGCCACUCAUCGCUGUCGAUUCUUGGCGUGUAGCGUUGCGAUGGAUCUCUCUCGCCUUUAAAACGUCCCGCGACGGGAUGAAAUUCUCCUGUUACUUUACGCCGCGAGGAACAAUCGUGGCUCCGCAGCAAUUGGUGGAGGGAAGGCAGAAGCGUGAAAUAAUAAAAUAAAAUAAGAGCUUUCGUGAGAUAUCAAAAUGUGAUUUCCAUUUUACGAGAAUACUCCAUUUUUCAGUACAAGAAUUAUACUUGCAUCUGUAUUACCGAGACGUAGGUGGAAGUUCGAGACAAUUGUUUCACGAAAAAGACUGAUUUUCUAGAUAAUCGAGAAAACUGCUCCUACCUUCUCUCUUACCUCAUGGUAGAUGUCAAAAGGCGCUCACGAUGACUGGAUCUCGAGAUAUUAUUUGCAGUUCAAUGUGGCAAGGGACAGUGGCUUGGUUGUCGCGUUGUACUACGAAAAUUCGCAGGGAUGGAACAAUAAAGGAGGAGAGUGUACUCGCUCUUUAGUAUCGUAGGAUCGUUGCGAUUCGCGACGUCGACGACGUCGGUCCUUCUUCUCGACCCGACGAGGUGUCGAGACCAUCAGACACUACUGGAGGGAGUGAGGGCUUGGACAGAGGGUGAAUAGAAUAUUCGUCGGGAAAACUUCGCGCGCUAUGAAUAUUUAUGUACGCUUUACGAUCUCUCGCGCGCACUCGAGAGAAGUCCGGCGAGUCGGCGACGAGAAAUCGUGGAACAUAGGAUUUGUGCGGUUGAGUGUAAGUACGUACUCAAAUAUAUAGAGAAAGAGAGAGAGAGUGAGAGUGAGAGAGUAAGAGAGUGAGAAUGAAAAAGAGAGAGAGAGAGAGAAAAAGAUAUGCAGACGAUUGGUAUCUUUAGAAAUCAAAAGGAACAAAUCCGUACGAAGAGAGAGAGAGAGAGAGAGAGAGAGAGAGAGAGAGAGGGAGAGAGAGAGUUGUUGCUAAGAGAAAGAAAAAGAGGAUGCCAUAUAAGAAAUGUGCUAUUUUAUACCGAGCAGCCUGAUUAGACGCAAACUUCCUACGUUCUUGUAUACAUUAUUAUAUUUAUUAUUGUUCAUGUGUUUAUUAUAGAAUGAUAUAUAUAUAUAUAUAUAUAUAUAUAUAUAUAUACAUACGAGAGAAAAGAGAGAUUAUUCCCUGGAUAACUAUAACGCCUUGAAAGAAAUAAAACAGAUACUUUGC